AUGGACCUCCCCAAUGGCCAAUCAAGCGUCACCACCGCCACUGCCUCGGAGGUGAGACACGCCCCUUUCCCCCUUAACUUCUCCCAUUCUGAUUAUUUCAUUAAUGUGUGUCUGUGCAGGGCUAGAACAAACACUGACAGAGUGCUAUGGGUGUCAAUCACACCCCCAUUUCUUUGAGCUUUAUGUUUCCCAUGUUCCCUGCCCUAACGUGUAUGUGGUUGUCUCCAGAAGAGCAGCAGCUCAGAGUCUCUCAGUGAGAAGGGUUCUGAGCUGAAGAAGAGUUUUGAUGCUGUCGUCUUUGAUGUCCUGAAGGUCACCCCUGAGGAGUAUGCAGUAAGUACCCACCCUGCUGUGUGUGUGUAAGGAAUAGCGCGUAUGUGACAUUGAGACACUAGAAGGGGAAUGAUGCAUCUUGGAAAGUCUUUUGGAAAGAGAGGAAGAAAGGAGGAUGAGGUGGGUGAGUUCAGUAAUAGUAGAUUUGUGUUGGCAGGAGGGCACACAGGCCCUAAUUUCCUCAGAUAUUCUCAAUAGAACGAGGCCAUUCUAAAAGCUACAACUCCCAGCCACUGUUAGAUAGAUCACCAUGGUCCUCCCUAGGCAGUCAGUUUCCAUGAUGUCAGACAACAUAAACCAUCUGCCUGCGUAGACUAGACCAUUACUCUGUGUAGAGUAUAAUGAAAGGCUGUGAUUUACCUGCUUUUCCCUGAAAAGCCAAAGCUCUGUAUAUUAUAUAUAGAAGAUUUAGGUCCACUGUCUAACUUGGUCGUUUUUUGUCCAGGCAGUAUGGCUAGAGCAUUACUGUAGCCCAGUUGUGAUUUGUGACGCGAUUACCCACUGGGCACAGACGUCAGUUCAACGUCUAGAUUUUGUUGAGUUGUCAACUAACGUGAAUUCAACGUGAAAUCAACCAACCUUGUCAUUGUAUUUAGUUCAAAAGUUGGUUGAUACAUUUUUGCAAAGCCAAUCAGUUUUCCGCGUUGAAUCAAUGUCAUCACAUUGAAUUGUUUGAUUUGAAAUGACAUUGAAACAAUGUUGACUCAACCAGUUUUUGCCCAGUGGCUAGUGCAGCAACUUUUUAAUGCUGACGCAGUCCCUCUAGUUAAGUAUUUAGGAAGGUUCCAUACUCUGUUCUUUGUUCUAGGUAUAAUUCUAGUUUGAGCCUUUCUUCUCACUCUCCCCUGCCUUGCCAUACCCAGCUAGACAGACAGAGGGUGGUCUCUACCUUUUCUCUAACCCUCCAGAUGGAAUUUCUCCUGGUUAUUCUGGGACUGUUGAAUUAAGUUUUUGAAGCGCUGCCUGCAAUGAUGUCAGGUCAACUCUUCAGUCCAAAUCUGUUUCCCUAAUUACUGCUCCGAUGCCCCAAUCUCCCCUUCUCUCUACCCCCCUCCCUCUCUCUCUCUCCUUCUCUCUAUCCCGCUCUCUCUCCUUCUCUCUCUCCCACUCUUUCUCUCUCUUUCCCUCUCUCGCGCUCGCUCUCUCUCUCGCUCUCCAGGGUCAGAUCACUCUCAUGGAUGCUCCGGUGUUCAAAGCCAUUCAGCCGGAGGUGAGUUACAGUACAGGACCGUCUGUCUGUGUCCCCCUGCUUCUCUUCUUACACACCUCACACACCACGACCACUACACACACACUCACACACACACUCAUUCUCACACCCUAUAAAUGGUCUAUGUGAAUGCCAGUAUAAGCAUGUGUAUCUGUGUGUUGGCUCUCUGUAACCUUGUAAAGCGAGCUGACAGGCCUCAGGGAUAACCUGUGUUUAGGGUUGGCCACAGCAGACCACUUAAAACAGCGUCCGUCCGUCCACAUCACGCCACACCACCACCCUGUGGAAUCACUCUGGGUUCUGAUUGGUUAGCAGUGUAGGGUAGGCCUAUUGGUUCCACCUAUGCUCAAACUAGAUUUUGCACUGGUUGCAGUUUAAGUAAGACAUUGAAAUAAGAAAGUAAGGAAUUAGUUAAGGAUAGAAUAAUGGUUAAGGUUGUGGUCAAAAUGGAUGUGUUGUUGCUAGCCUGUAGAGUGGGACAGUUCUGCCUGCCUGAGCCCUCCAAUGAUUCAAACUCCAAUGAAAGGAAGUUUUACUGUUGUAUCUGUUGGUGCCUUUCCACAGCUCUGCUACCAAGGGAUUUAUGGAGACUAACAUGCCCUUGUGUUCUGUUCUGACUGACUGCACACAGACUGGCUGACUGACAGACUGACUAGGCAUUUGAUGAUCUCUCCUCACAUUGAAACCCAAUGUAGCGUUCUGGGCCCUUCACUUUCAUGACUUAUGGAUAUGGAAGAAAAGGAGAAGAUGAGAAAAAUAGAAAGAAUGGAGGGAGAGCAGAAGGGAUAUUAAAUAAGGUGAAAGAUUGGGGGGGGGGGGGAGUAGAGGUGAGUGGGCUGGAGUGAGAGAGAAGGGGAAGCGGUACCCGAUGCACCAAGUCUGGAACUAACAGGACCCUGAACAGCUUCAGCCCCUCAAGCUAUAAGACUAAUAAAUAGUUAGUUAAAUAUUUUACCAAUAGCUACCCGGAAUAUCUGCAUUGACACUUUUUGCACUAACUCUUUUGACUCAUCGCAUACGCUGCUGUUACUGUUUAGUAUCGAUCCUGUUGCCUAGUCACUUUAUCUCUACCUAUAUGUACAUGGUGCCUUCAGAAAGUAUUCAUACCCCUUGACUUAUUCCACAUUUUGUUGUUACUGCCUGAAUUCAAAUUGAUUAAAUUGUUAUUUUUCCUCACCCAUCUACACACUACCCCAUAAUGACAAAGUGAAAACAACAUGUUUUUAGAAAGUUUUGCUAAUUUAUUCAAAAUGAAAUACAGAAAUAUCUAAUUUACAUAAGUAUUCACACACCUGAGUCAAUACUUUGUAGAAUAAUAGAUUGAUUUGGCAGCGAGUACAGCUGUGAGUCUUUCUGGGUAAGUCUCUAAGAGCUUUCCACACCUGGAUUGUGCAACAUUUUCCCAUUUAUUAUUUUCGAAAUGUUUCAAGCUCUGUCAAAUUUGUUGUUGAUCUUUGCUAGACAACAAUUUUCAGGUCUUGCCAUAGAUUUUCAAGUAGAUUUAAGUCAAAACUGUAACUAGGCCACUCAGGAACAUUCAAUGUCGUCUUGGUAAGCAACUCCAGUGUAGAUUAGGUUAUUGUUCAGCCUAAAGGUAAAUUAAUCUCCCAGUAUCUGGUGGAAAGCAGACUGAACCAGGGUUUCCUCGAGGAUUUAGCCUGUGCUUAGCUCCAUUAUGUAAAAAUGUUUAUCCUGAAAAACUCCCCAGUCCUUAACGAUUACAAGCAUACCCAUAACAUGAUGCAGCCACCACUAUGUUUGAAAAUAUGGAGAAUGGUACUCAGUAAUAUGUUAUAUUGGAUUUUCCCAAAACAUAACACUUUGUAUUCAGGACAAAAAGUCAAUUGCUUUGCCACAUUUUUUGCAUUAUUACUUUAGUGCCUUGUGACAAACAGGAUGCAUGUUUUGGAAUAUUUUUAUUCUGUACAGGCUUCCUUCUUUUCACUCUGUCAAUUAGGUUAGUAUUGUGGAGUAACUUCAAUGUUGUUGAUCCAUCCGUUUUCUCCUGUCACAGCCAUUACACUCUGUAACUGUUUUAAAGUCACCAUUGUCCUCAUGGUGAAAUGCCUGAGUGGGUUCUUUCCGGCAACUGAGUUAGGAAGGACGCCUGUAUCUUUGUAGUGACUGGGUGUAUUGAUACACCAUCCAAAGUGUAAUUAAUAACUUCACCAUGCUCAAAUGGGUAUUCAAUGUCUGCUUUUUUAUUUUUACCCAUCUACCAAUAAGUUCCCUUCUUUGCGAGGCAUUGGAAAACCUCCCUGGUCUUUGUGGUUGAAUCUGUGUUUGAAAUGUACUGCUGGAUUGAGGGACCUUACAGAUAAUUGUAUGUGUGGGGUACAGAGAUGAGGUAGUCGUUCAAAAAUCAUGUUAAACACUUAUUGCACACAGAGUGAGUCCAUGCAACUUAUUAUGUGAUUUGUUAAGCACAUUUUUACUCCUGAACGUGUUUAGGCUUGCCAUAUCAGUGGUUGAAUACUUAUUGAUUCAAGACAUUUCAGCUUUUCCUUUAUAUUUAAUUUGUAACAAUUUCGAAAAACAUAAUUCCACUUUGACAUUAUUGGGGAUUGUGUGUAGGCCAGUGACAAAAAUCUCAAUUUAAUCAGUUUUAAAUUCAGGCUGUAUCACAACAAAAUGUGGAAAAAGGGGUGUGAAUACUUUGAGUGCACUAUCUACCUCAAUUACCUCGUACCCCUGCACAUCGACUCUGUACUGGUACCCCAUGUACAGUGGGGAGAACAAGUAUUUGAUACACUGCCAAUUUUGCAGGUUUUCCUACUUACAAAGCAUGUAGAGGUCUGUCAUUUUUAUCAUAGGUACACUUCAACUGUGAGAGACGGAAUCUAAAACAAAAAUCCAGAAAAUCACAUUGUAUGUUUUUUAAGGAAUUAAUUUGCAUUUUAUUGCAUGACAUAAGUAUUUGAUACAUCAGAAAAGCCGAACUUAAUAUUUGGUACAGAAACAUUUGUUUGCAAUUACAGAGAUCAUACGUUUCCUGUAGGUCUUGACCAGGUUUGCACACACUGAGCAGGGAUUUUGGCCCACUCCUCCAUACAGACCUUCUCCAGAUCCUUCAGGUUUCGGGGCUGUCGCUGGGCAAUAUGGACUUUCAGCUCCCUCCAAAGAUUUUCUAUUGAAUUCCGGUCUGGAGACUGGCUAGGCCACUCCAGGACCUUGAGAUGCUUCUUACGGAGCCACUCCUUAGUUGCCCUGGCUGUGUGUUUCGGGUCGUUGUCAUGCUGGAAGACCCAGCCACGACCCAUCUUCAAUGCUCUUACUGAGGGAAGGAGGUUGUUGGCCAAGAUCUCGCGAUACAUGGCCCCAUCCAUCCUCCCCUCAAUACGGUGCAGUCAUCCUGUCCCCUUUGCAGAAAAGCAUCCCCAAAGAAUGAUGUUUCCACUUCCAUGCUUCACGGUUGGGAUGGUGUUCUUGGGGUUGUACUCAUCCUUCUUCUUCCUCCAAACACGGCGAGUGGAGUUUAGACCAAAAAGCUCUAUUUUUGUCUCAUCAGACCACAUGACCUUCUCCCAUUCCUCCUCCGGAUCAUCCAGAUGGUCAUUGGCAAACUUCAGAUGGGCCUGGACAUGCGCUGGCUUGAGCAGGGGGACCUUGCGUGCGCUGCAGGAUUUUAAUCCAUGACGGCGUAGUGUGUUACUAAUGGUUUUCUUUGAGACUGUGGUCCCAGCUCUGUUCAGGUCAUUGACCAGGUCCUGCCGUGUAGUUCUGGGCUGAUCCCUCACCUUCCUCAUGAUCAUUGAUGCCCCACGAGGUGAGAUCUUGCAUGGAGCCCCAGACCGAGGGUGAUUGACCGUCCAUCUUUGAACUUCUUCCAUUUUCUUCCAGUUGUUGCCUUCUCACCAAGCUGCUUGCCUAUUGUCCUGUAGCCCAUCCCAGCCCUGUGCAGGUCUACAAUUUUAUCCCUGAUGUCCUUACACAGCUCUCUGGUCUUGGCCAUUGUGGAGAGGUUGGAGUCUGUUUGAUUGAGUGUGUGGACAGGUGUCUUUUAUACAGGUAACGAGUUCAAACAGGUGCAGUUAAUACAGGUAAUGAGUGGAGAACAGGAGGGCUUCUUAAAGAAAAAUGAACAGGUCUGUGAGAGCCGGAAUUCUUACUGGUUGGUAGGUGAUCAAAUACUUAUGUCAUGCAAUAAAAUGCAAAUUAAUUACUUAAAAAUCAGACAAUGUGAUUUUCUGGAUUUUUGUUUUAGAUUCCGUCUCUCACAGUUGAAGUGUACCUAUGAUAAAAAUUACAGACCUCUACAUGCUUUGUAAGUAGGAAAACCUGCAAAAUCGGCAGUGUAUCAAAUACUUGUUCUCCCCACUAUAUAUAGCCAAGUAAUCAUUACUCAUUGUGUAUUUAUUCCUUUUGUGUUAUUAUUUUUGUACUAUUUAAAAAAAUGUCUGCAUUGUUGGGAAUGGCCCGUAUGUAAGCAUUUCACUGUUCGUCCUCACCUGAUGUUCACGAAGCAGGUGACAAAUUGUAUUUUAUUUGAGAAGAGAGCAGAGUGACCCAGUGUGUGAUGGCAGGGACGGAGGGCUCUUCUUGCUCUGACUGUGUGUUUUUGUCUCUGAUCUUGUGCGAAUGUGGGUUUGUGCGUGCGUGCAUGCAUGUGUGUGCGUCAGGGUUUCCAUUAGCCAGGAAUAGCCGGCUUUUGGCCAAUACAUUUUUUUGGGAUAAGCAAUAAAUAAAAUAGGCGCUUUUUAGCCUAUUCAUUGAUGGAAAUACAAGUUGAUAGAAAUACUUUUGACUGGUCAUGCUUAUCGGUCUAUAGGUUCAUUUUCAUAAUUUAGUGGAAUUAAAUUGCUGCGUGUGUAGGCUACAGUAUAUUCGUUAUGUAUCUUAUCACACGCAUACAGCAUACGGAUACAGAGCCGUUGACCGGAAAAUCUGUCAAAUGGCAACGGAAGGCAGACUUCACCAGCGUGUCACACCACUUUGCAAUGAGCUGGAGGCAGUAGGAUAUGCAUUUUGUUUGAAACCUGAACGUUUUAAUACAUAUUAUGAGGCAUAUCUUACCUUGCUUAUUAGAUCCUAAUUUCUAACGGAUAUUUUCAUCUGUCACAUGAAACCACUGGCAUGUGCAGUGCCCUUUUGACAGUGUUUCCCUGCUAAUUGCAUUAUGUAAUGAACAUUCACGCGUAGACUACUGCCUUGUGCGCAGUGCUGCGCUUAUAAUGUGAAGAAACAAUAGUUAAUAAACAUUUUAACCUAAAUGUUCUGAUCUGUUGCAUCACUCAUUUGCUUAGUAAUUUUUUUUAUGUUGAUUUGGUUUUGGGAUCGAUCUUCCCACAACUGUCCCAGAGGCUAUUUCUUUCUCGACAAGCUGACCAAUAGAAUUGGUGAACUUUUAUACUAUGGGGAUAAUAGAUUGACAUAGACUAGUGAUUUUGCUAUUCGUCACUUGUCUUGUUGGCUUAGGACAUCAUCAUUUGGUAAGAAGGACCGCACAUCAUUGCGUCGUCGACUUGCAUGUUCUGUUAAUAUGAAUUUCCAUAAUCUAAAUGUGGUUUCUGUCAUUCUGAGCACUGUGGGUGGACGCCCUAAUCAGGUUACACACCCAAAGCAUAUGGGUCCGGCAGAUUUCUGAAAUGUCCGGUAAAUUUAAAUGUUGCUAGUCAAAUGUCCUGCGCCACAUUUUCCAAACGUAAACCCUGGUGUGCGAGUUUGUGUGUGCGCAAGUGCGCGUGCGAGAGCCAUCACUGUCUAGUUGGAGUUUCCACUCCUGUCACUCUCCUUCCCCUCACAUCUAGAAUGGAAUAAACAUCUGUGUCUGUGUGUGUCCACGGUAUGGAUGUGUGUCGACUGUGUGUGUCCUGUUAUAUCACUCAGUGGUUUUAACUGAAUCUAUGCAUAUGAAAGUAGUGAAUAACAUGACUGGAGAGACUUGGAAGGCUGGGACUGUAGUUAGUAUUUUACUGUGACAGACAGACGGACAGACGGACAGUUCUUCUCCUUAUCUUUUAGUAUCCUAUAAAGUACCUCCUGUUAUGAUACUGAAAUAAACUUGCCUUCUGCUACCACUCUGGACACUCACCACAGCCUGAUCUUUCUGACUGUCUCUCACACAGGCCAAAUCCUAACUGGAGAUGCUGAACUUGCAUUUUCACAAAACUCUCUCAUUGAUGUCAAUGCACAGUACACAGAAGUCAGUUGCGCAUGCAGUACAACAAGUCCUCAGUCUCCCUCUCUCCCAGCUUGGAUUUAAACUCAACAUUGAAGAGUUUUAAUGGUACAUGACAUAGCACGUUUUAUGCUGAUACGGCUAUAUUAAUCCAUUUUUCCAAAAGAGAACUUUUGUUUUCCGUGAUGUUUGAAUUCUGAACCAGACCAGUGAUACUACAGUAGUUUAACUGUAGGGGAUCAACUCUGGAUCACUUCUCUUCAUUAGUCCUUCCCCACUGUACCUGUUUCUAACACCACCAGACCCUCAUAAAGACAUUAAAGGAAAUAUCCACCCCAAACCACUAAUUCCUAUCAUUUACAGUGUUAAAUAACACAAUGUGAGGACAAUAUUUUUUGUGAACAAGCGUUUCAUUUUGUCGUUAUAAGGUUGGUAGCAACGUGAAAAUCAUUGUGGAAAUCUUUUGCCUCAAGUCAACUACAAAACCCACAAUGCAAUACUCUCUUUAUGGGCUGGCAAGCUAGCCAUCUAGCUAGCUAGCAAACAUAUUCUUUGGUAUUGUGUGUAGCUAUCAGCAUGUGAAGUAGCUAGUUGGCUGUAAAAUUGCCUAAACAAACUGCACUAUCAAUUUAGUGUACAAUCUUUAGUGUACAAUCUCCUAAAGUUCAAUCUGACAUAUAUGAUAGACGUUUCCGCGAUGUAAAAGUAAUAUUCCUAUUACCUCUAAAAGUCUAAGCCGUUGGGGCAGGGGUUCUACUAAGCUAACAUAUGGUAUUGUUUUAAGAUGGUCAUACCAUGGACCAUGUAUCAAAAUACCAAAAUCAAUCUGAUUUUAAAAUAAUAUUUGGCCUAUACUAUGAAAAAAAAAAAAAUUGUAUGCACUCACUAACAGUAAGUCGCUCUGGAUAAGAGCGUCUGCUAAAUGACUAAAAUGUAAAUGUAUAGCCCAUAGAAACGCAUUGAACAACACAUUCAUAAAUGGCAAAAAGGACAGUCAAAAAAUAAAUCAUAAGGAAUAAAGUUUGGAAGAGUUUGUCCUACGUCUAGGAGAUAGAACAAAGCUCAGGAAAUGUUUUUGUUUUUUUGGACACAUUUAACCCCUUUAUUUUUGCUGGCACAAAAAUACCUUCUUACUAACAUUCAUUUGUAUGGGUUACCUUCAGAUGAGUCCUGUGACAGUUAUGGGGGUCGUAGAGCAAAACUGAGAACACAAUCGUGUUCAUGAGGCUCCUUCCCCUUCUACAGUGGGUUCAUAUUAGUUUGUAGCCCAAGCGAUUUGGACGCUACAGACAGAAGUUGGCACAUCAGCGUUACCGACUCUGGACGUGUCCCGUGGGGCUUGUGGGGGUCUUAGAGCAAAAUGGAGAACACCAUCGUGUUCGUUAGAGUCCCAUCUUUCCAUAAAGUGGUCAUAUUAGUUUGUUUGUACGCUACAGACUUUUUCGUGAGAAUGUCUCAUGGUCUGACAAACACAGCUGUAGCUCGGCUACCUUUAACCGCAGAUGCGGAAGGCCAACGUAGGCGGAUGCGGUGGAUUGAGAUGCAGCCCAUGCAAAAAAACACAUCUCUAGCUUAAACUGGAAGAUUUUAAUGGGGAUUUUUGUAUUAUGUUACUUAGAUUGAUGUAGGAUUUAUCAUUGAUGUAGGUCAUGUCGGCCGAAUUUCUGCCUGCUUGAACGGCAAUAGCUCAGAUACACAUGAAAACAUGAAAUGACCCAGGGAAUCGAUAUAACAUCGCUCAGAGAUGCACAAAAACAAUAUAACAUUCAAAAUGGGUGAAUCAUUCCUUUUUAAUGUUGAUGUCUUGCAUAUUAAUAUGAAUGAACAAAUAACCGUUAUUUUCCGUCCGAUUUGUUUCCAAGCUGUUCUGGUCGUUGGUUAAAGUUGUAAUAAAUAACUUUACAGCAGCAGGGUUUAUGACAGCAGUGACCCUUCGCAGGGCAGAGCAAGCAUGCAGCCAAGCUAGCAAGCUGUUAGACCACUGCGUCAUGGAAAAGUUGUCAUCUGCUGGACUGUAAUGAAAAGUCAGCAGUAGGCUAUAUUUGUAUCAGCGGUCUGGUAUGUUUUAAUCUCUCAUGUUAUGGAGUAAUAUUCUCACCGGGCUGUCUAACUUCUUAAUAACUGAAAAUAGCUGUGUGUUAUGAGUUAUGACCUAUUGCUUUAUAUUGGUAGCACCCUUCUAGAAUAUGCUUCUCUAACCAACAUAAAACACAUCGUAACUGUCUUAACACGGUAUGUGUGUGUGUGUGUGUAUGCUGGAGCGGAGCGUGCCCAAUUUCAUUCGGAGCGAGAUUCCCAAAGGCUGGUGUAUCUGCGAAACCGCUCCAGUAGCGCUCACUUCACGAGUUCAGGGUAUGCCGGCCCAGCAUGCAUUUGUAGUCUACUUGUGUGCUGCAAUAGCCACUUGCUUUACCUACUGUCAUGGAGUUCACUAAAUAUUUUCAUAAAGAAACUGAUAAAACAUACAGGUGCAAAAUCAAGGUGACUUACAAAGAUGAGGAGCAAGAGAAUGAGUGUGGUAAUGUAGUGUCCACAACUAAAUAAUCAUUGUUGAAUCUGAAAAGACAUGUAUCCCAAAAGCAUGAAGGUGUACUAUUUAACUGUGUGAUUGUAGCAAAGUAUUUAUGAACAAAAAAUCUGAUCUCUUAAAAGUUGUGUUCAUUUUUGUUCUAUUACAGUGCCUUCGGAUAGUAUUCAGACCCCUUGACUUUUUCCACAUUUUGUUACGUUACAGCCUUAUUCUAAAAUGGAUUAAAGUGUUUUUUCCCCUCAUCAAUCUACACACAAUACCCCAUAAUGACAAAGCAAAAAACAGUUUUUAGACAUUUUUGCUCAUUUAUAGAAAUAAUAAAAUAUCACACUUACAUAAGUAUUCAGACCCUUUUCUCAGUACUUUGUUGAAGCACCUUUGGCAGCAAUUACAGCAUCAAGUCUUCUUUGGUAUGACGCUACAAGCUUGGCACACCUGUAUUUGGGUGGUUUCUCCCAUUCUUCUCUGCAGAUCCUCUCAAGCUCUGUCCGGUUGGAUGGGGAGCGUUGCUGCACAGCUAUUUUCAGAUCUCUCCAGAGAUGUUCGAUUGGGUUCAAGUCUGGGCUCUGUCUGGGCCACUCAAGGACAUUCUGAGAAUUGUUGGAAGGUGAACCUUCACCCCCAGUCAGAGGUCCUGAGUGCUCUGGAGCAUGUUUUCAUCAAUGAUCUCUCUGUACUUUGCUUCGUUCUUCUUUGCCUCGAUCCUGACUAGUCUCCCAGUCCCUGCCGCUGAAAAACAUCCCCACAGCAUAAUGCUGCCACCUCCAUGCUUCAUUGUAGGGAUGGUGUCAGGUUUCCUCCAGACGUGAUGCUUGGCAUUGAGGCCAAAGAGUUCAAUCUUGGUUUCAUCAGACCAGAGAAUCUUGUUUCUCAUGGUCUGAGUCUUUAGGUGCCUUAUGGCAAACUCCAAGCGGGCUGUCAUGUGCCUUAUACUGAGGAGUGGCUUCCGUUUGGCCACUCUACCAUAAAGGCCUGAUUUGGUGGAGUGCUGCAGAGAUUGUUGUCCUACUGGAAGGUUCUCCCAUCUCCACAGGAACUCUAGAACUCUGUCAGAGUGACCAUUGGGUUCUUGUUCACCUCCCUGACCAAGGCCCUUCUCCCCCGAUUUGAAUAACACAAAUCUUGCAGUAAUGUACUUUAAUCUCAAUAUAAGACCAGUUAAAUGUAAAAAGAAAAACAUAUUUAAUGUUCUCUUACUUAGAAAAUAGUAUUGAUCAUAUAAGCCUAGACGAUAUCCCAAAAACCUAACAAUAUACUGAAUUCAUACAUUUUCAGUAAUUUAUUUUUCAAAUCGGCGAGGUAAACUCAUUAAAGUAUUCAAUAAUUUCGCCAAAACAUCACUGCUCUAGAGAAGAUAUGCGUGGAGGAAUGGGCCAAAAUACCAGCAACAGUGUGUGAAAACCUUGUGAAGACUUGCAGAAAACGUUUGACCUGUGUCAUUGCCAACAAAGGGUAUAUAACAAAGUAAUGAGAAACUUUUGUUAUUGACCAAAUACUUAUUUUCCACCAUAAUUUGCAAAUAAAUUCAUUAAAAAUGUGAUCACAAUGUGAUUUUCUGGAUUUUUUUUUUCUCAUUUUGUCUGUCAUAGUUGACGUGUACCUAUGAUGAAAAUUACAGGCCUCAUCUUUUUAAGUGGGAGAACUUGCACAAUUGGUGGCUGACUAAAUACUUUUUUUCCCCACUGUGUACACACACAUACACACAGAAAAGGCAGUGUUACUUAAAAAAAUUGCACAGUGAGUUUGAUUGAAUAGAGCACGUAAGCUUACCGUGUGUAUGUGUGUGCGCGCCAGUGUAACUGUCUGCCUGUGUCUACAUCAGGGGUUACCAAACUUUUUUGGCCCAAAACCCCAUUUUGAUAUCUGAAAAUUCUUGGAACCCCACCCAUGUUAAUAUAUAUUUUUUUUAACAGCCAAUAUUUACUUUUUGAUAUGGGGCUAUGGCAGUCAAUUGAAAACAUUCUAACAGUAUUUCUGAUUGUCUUCUUAACUCACCAUCACAUACUUUUAAUGUGGGGCAGUCAUUACCAAAUUAGUCUGACAUAAUGUCUCUUAUCUCAUAAUGGCAUUUUGAGAAACACCCAGAGUUUCCUCUUGAUUGCUAUCAAUAGCAUAAAUUCUUUGAUUUACAGGGUUAUCUGACAAAGGUAUUAAUGGGAGUUUCUGUGCCUCUACCUCCAAACACCAUUGUUUUCACCAUAUCAAUUACUGCUGGUAAUAUCAAAGUCUGCAAUAGUGUGUGGUUUCAUAGUGUAGCGGGCCUAGCCAUUGACCGUGGGAAUGAUUCAAGUGCAACAGUCAACUGCGGCCUUUUCCCCGUGAUCUAAGGGCACUCUGGUUGAAUUUUAUCUUUUAGAUUUGAAUAUUUUUCUUUUGGAUUUUUAAGUUUAACCACAUUACAAUGAUUUUGAGUUACAAAGACUAUAUUAUAAUAUAUAUAUAUAUUUUUGUAUACAUUUCAGGAUUUGGGAAAUUCUCCUGCGAUCCCAUUUUCAUAUCACGUGACCCCUAGUUUGGGAAACGCUGGUCUAUGUGUCUGAUCACGUUGGUCCUCUCGUACCAUUUUAUGAGCCAUGACAUUAGCUGUGUGAGAAAGUGAACAGGACAGGAGUAUAACGUACACUACAGACAUUAUAGGCCUGGCGUUUCAGGAAAACCCGUCUCCUACAUGUCAUGUAAAACCAGCCAUGUAGGAAAUAGGAAUGCAUACAUAUUCACAGGAUAUGAAGUGCUAAUCACCUAACAUGUAACACUAGCCAACAGGGGGUUGGGGCUAGGGAAUGAAGCACUGUCUGAGAGAUGCAUUUUUACACACACACACACACACACACACACACCAAGAUACAUUUCAUAGGGCUUCCUAGAGGCAGGCAAGGUAAUGGUCUUAAUGCCAAUCAGGCGUCAGAGCUGUAGGUAAUGUUGCUGUGGUAUUCAGAGGACUGCCGCUCAGGCAAUUAGGAUGGUCUCAUACUGCCCUUCUGUCUCCUGGCCUUACAGCACAGGCCUGGACUCCUGGAUGUAAUGUUACCCACACACUAACUUUCCAUUACGCCUGCUGUCAACCUCCCUCUCCCCUCCUUUCUCUCUCCCCCCUCUCCUCUAGCUCCAGCUGAUGUCACUCUCUCUCGCUCUGGUCUGGUCCAAAGGGUGUGUGGAGCUCCAGGUUUCCACUGUGUUGACUGAAACAAGGCCCAGAGCAGAGAAGUGGCUGUGGUAUCUCACAUUAGAUCAGCUCUGUUAGUGGUUUGGCUGGAGCUGCUUUAGCCUUGUGUGUGUGUGUGUGUGAACUUCAAAACGCAUGCUGUGGAAUCAUCUGUGAGUUAGUCAGGGGUGUGUACGCUAUUGCUGAUUUUAGAAAUGGAAAGCAGUGAGGGAAGGGCUGGGACCAACUACAACCGCCAAGACAACCACUGCAUCUCAAAUAAUCUUAAUGACUGUUUGAAAAGCAAUUUUUAUGCAAAUGUACGCUCAGAGCACAAGGCAAUGUCACCAAUUCGACAAAGGCAUGGCACAGACAUAACAAAUCAAAUAGACCAAGUGGCAAAUGGCGUUACACAACAGACUGGAGCUGUUUGGUAGGGUAAUAUCAUUGAUUGAUUCUGUGACUUUGAUUGAUUCUGGUACUUGCUCCUGGAGGCCAUCCCUAGGCCAGGACGAUGUGGAAACUAGUGAAACCCAUCUGUGGUUUGUUUCAGCAGGCUGACUGCACUUUACAAGUCCCAUUAAAGUCCUCUACUGAACGCUUCUACCUCGUCAAACCUCUCUUUUCACACACUCACCAGGACCACCUCGUCAAACCCAGGCACUAAAGGGCCAUCUGUGUUGAGCUGUUUUAAAGCUCUGUGUUGUUUUGGAUGCCUAUAGAGUGAAAUGGGAUGAUCAAGUUAUAAAGGCGUUACGGCUUUUGAAUUAGCUGUACAACAGUUCCCUGCUGAUUUUACACAAAGGUUGUAAUUGGGAGAGCUUAUGAGAUAGCUUUGAAAGUAGGGCCCUUUCUGUCAUUACGAGAUAUAAUUUAACGUUUCCUUUAGUUCAGAUCAGAGGAAUAUGUUGUUGGGGGAAGUUUGGGGUCAGGGUUAAAAAGUGUUAGGUUAAGGUUAUGAGGGAAUGCCAGGUGGCUGGGUGCUGCCUGCUACACUGGUGGUGGAUGGAGUGAGUUAAACCCCCACACCAUGUAAGGUGCUUUGAGACCUAGUGAAAUAUUUUAUAUAAAUACAAUCCAUUAUUAUUGUUCUAUUGAAUUGAGGUUAUUCAAGGUUUAAUAGAGUUGAGGUGAGUGUAAGAGGUGUGUGUGUGUGUGUAGGGCUUAAAAUGAACACCCACCACCUGCCAAAUGCGGGUAGAUUUUGGCAUUGGCGGGUAAGAUGUCUCUUUCACCAGCCACGUUGGCAGGUGGUCAGGCUCCACCGUGCAAGCAUUUCACUCGCUUGUGUACAAAUAGUAUGAUCACAUUUUAUAGUAAAAUAAAUGCUGUUUUCAAAGUAUUUCCCUGGUUUUGUUUCAUAGCUGGUAAAUGAAUCGCAUAAAGUCAAAAUUACGAACCGUCUAUAGCCUAUUCCACCUCGUGCUGCAACACUGCCUGGUGGGGGCUGAUGUGCGCACGUGAAGAGCUGAGUGAAAGAUUCAUUUUUAGAUGCACUGCGCACAGGCAUAAAAGUUGGUCAAAUUUACUUGAAACGACAGUCUACAGAAGUGAGACUUUGGCCUUGUUUUUUGGCUAUUUACAUUUUUUUGUUCACAAGCUAGGUUGUUUUUCUCUGAGUUUCAACUGCCAGGGAAGAGAAGACCACGCUUCUACUAGUCAUACUCAAUCACACAGGCACAAACAUGACUAGAGUCACAUUACCACGGUAACCUCCAGCCCUUAAAGGGGCAGGUGAACAUUUUUAUCAUAAAAUAAAAAACUCAGCUCACAAAAAAUUAAAUUAAACAAUAUACCACAUUACUUCUUACUAGUAAUACAUUUAUUGUUUUAGAAACAUUACAAAGCAUGCUCAUCUGUUUUUGUUUUGUUGGUGUCAUUUUAGCUAAAAAAUAUUUUUUAAUCUACCUGCCACAGUGGCUGGUGGACCAAAAAGUUAAUGUUAUGCCCUGUGUGUGUGUGUGUGUGUGUGUGUGUGUGUGUGGUGAUAAUAAAUAACAUCUCCUAUGAGACUUUGUCACUACAAUUGUAAGUCUUCCCCUGGGACCUACAAUACUCCUAUGUUGGAUAUCCAUCUCUCUAUCGCACUUCUUUCUAAAUCAGUCUCCCAAUGGAACAUCCCAGUCUGGGAGCUAUUAUUAGGAGAUGGGGAAGGAGAAUUGUGGAGGAGUGGAUAACAAGAGUGGGAUUGAGGGGAUGAGUGACAGCCAGAGGGGAGCACAUGUUGAAAGAGGAGUGUAGGUUAAAUAAAUGAGUGCCAUAAGAGACGUGACAGCUGGCACCACUGGGCUACCCCCCCCCCCCCCCCCCCCCCCAAACAAACAAACAAACACACAGUGGUUUCUCACUCAGUGGUGUAGAGUGUCUGUCAGGGCAGCAGUUUUAACAGUUUACUGCUGUCAGGAGGCUCUGGACCUCUGCUCUCUCUCCCUUUCCUCCUCUCCACUCCCUCUGCUCCUCUUUCACUCUCUCCACUCCAACCCACCAAGCUCAGCUUGGCUCCUGUUGUUCACAAUACAGGGGCCAUCUCCUCUGCUGUCUUAGAACUGAUGACGCUGAAGUUUGAAAGCACCCACCCACUCACGUCUGUUUUUUAAAAUCUGUGAAAAACUUGUUCACCUCAACACAGACACACACACACACAGGGACGUUGUGUAUGAUUUAUUUGGGCCAGGGUGUGUGUGUGGCUCACUGGGCCAGGGUGCUGCGUCCUCUGGAGCAGGCUGAGUGUUUGGGGCUGGUGGUGGAGGAUGUUGUUGCUUCCAGACAGACAAUCAGGCAUCCAGUCUCGGAGGUGGUCAUCAGGAGAGUAGUUCAGCUGAUUAAUAGAGAUCACAACACAUUUUCCUACUGUUCCAUCACUGUGUCCCUGGCCCCCUGGUAAUGUCCCUGGCCCCCUGGUAAUGUCCCUGACCCCUGAUCCAGUCUGUCAGUGUGGUCUCCACCCUCUCAGGGCUAGUUCAGAGUCCGUCCAAGUGCACUAGUAUCGGACUGCUCCCCUCUGAUGACUGGGAUAGUUACUUACCCUUAUGGCAACUCUGACACUGCUACCUUUCAGCUCUUUGUUUCUGACUUAAAACACCUACUCCUCUCUCUCUCUUCUUACCGUGCCCCCUCCCCUCUCAAUGAACUGUUAAGAACAGACUGCGUUUGUCCUUGGUGGAAUACACUAACUCUUUACUCCGCUCAAGACCGACUGUGGCUAUGUUUGUUGUUUAUCCCUGUGUUUGUGUUGUAUAAAUCCGUGUAUAUGACUGAUUUAGGAGCUGCUGAACCUGUGGGUGUGUGCACCAUGUAAAUCUGUGACUGUGUGCCUGUUGUGUAAACUUCUAAGUGUUUGUGUGUUUAGGAGCUGUCAAGUUGUGGCUGGAACAAGAAGGAAAAGCACAGCUCUGCCCCCAACGCUGUGGCCUUCACCCGCAGGUUCAACCAGGUAACAGACACACACACAGGCAGAAUAGUGGGGGUGGAUAGGGGGAGAAAUGUCCCCCUGGAGCUGAGUUAUGAGCCUUGGCAAGCAGGUAAUGGAGAUAUUACAUCCUCUCUCUCCCCCCCCCCCCAUCCUCUCCUCUUUCCUCCCCGUCUCUCCUCACCACAUCCCAAAUCAUACUCUCUUUCCUAAUCCUUUGUUUUGGAGCUUGGAGGGUGUCAUGGUAACAAAACGUGCUUCCUGCUGACUUGUUGACUCAUCUCACAUAGGGAAUAAACACACACACACACACACACACACACACCGUUGACAUAUCUCACAGCAGUGCAUUCGUCCGUAUUCUCUACCUGACACUUCGGCCCUGAAUAAGACACAAUCCAUCAUCUCAAAUCCCCUCCGUCCUAUUGUCUCAGCCUGCUUACACACUCUCUCUCUCUCUCUCACAAAUCCCAUCAAUCUCAUGUUCUCAUCUCAUCAGACUGGGUUCUGUCCGUGAUACUGCUAAGAAACACUGAGAAGAGACCUGAGACAGACUCUUUCUUUCCUAACACUGUCCUUAGCUGGCCUUCACUGUCUCUAGUGUUUGUUUAAACUGUUUGGACAUGUUUCUCUGUGGUCUGAGAAUGUGGUUGUGCAUGGUUUUAGUUUGUUUGAGUGUUUUGAGCGUGUGUGCAUGAGUACAAAUUGAACUCGCGUGUGAAGUCAUCAGCAGGAAGCUCUCUAAUGACGCACGGGCAGCCUUACCCUUUAAUCCUGCUCCGUCUCUCUCUUUCUGCCCCUUUUCCUCUCUCCCUUUCCCAUCUUCCGGUCUCUCCCCUGCCAAUUUAGGAGUGUCUUUACUGCCCUCCAUCUUCUCCCUGCCCCUUUAAGAGUGUCUUUAAGACCCUGCAGACUCAGUAUGAGAUGAUGUUAGAAGAAUGUGUUUCUGUGGAAACUUCCCCAAACGGCCGUUACAGAUGUUAGUUAGCUGCACAGCACAUCACAGGGCCAGCCGACCGGCAGGCAGGCAUCAGCCAAGGGAAAUGAGCCGAUGUGAAUAAUGGGGCUUGGGCAGGGAGAUAUCCUUAGCAUGAGCUCCAGUCUUAGCACUCUUCCUUUAGCUCUGAUAUUGGCAGCAGGCUUUGGAUGACAAGGGGAAGGCUGCCAUCUUUCAGUACUGCUCAAGCCCAAAUCAACCCCUAGCUAGUUAGUUAAAUAGCUAAUCAGACUAACUAUUAACUAUCUGCAUUGACCUUUUUUGCACUAACUCUUUUGACUCAUCACAUAUGCUGCUGUUACUGUUUAUUAUCUAUCCUGUUGCCUAGUCACUUUAUCCCUACCUACAUAUACAUAUCUACCUCAAUUACCUUGUGACCCUGCACAUCGACUCUGUACUGGUACCGUGUAGAUAGACAAGUUAUCGUUGUCAUUGUGUAUUUAUUCCUUGUGUAAUAAUUGUAUUAUUAUUUCAUUGUUGGGAAGGGCCCGUAAGUAAGCAUUUCAAUGUUAGUAUACACCUGAUUUUAUGAAGCAUCUGACAAAUACAAUUAGAGUUGAGCUGUCUCCAUACUGCUUAGGCAUUACUUCAUGUUGUUCUGAAAACACUGGAUAGGUGUAAGCAAUAAGGUAAUUGUUCCGCCUCACUCUCUGAUAAAAGUUUUGGAUUGAGUAUGUAUGAAUGUGUGUGUAUGUAUAUAUAUGUAUGUGUAUGUAUAUAUUUAUGUAUGUGUGUAUAUAUACAUAUGUGUGUGUGUGUGUGUGUAUGUAUGUAUAUAUAUAUAUAUAUAUAUAUAUAUAUGUAUGUAUGUAUGUAUGUAUGUAUGUACAGUGGGGAGAACAAGCAUUUGAUACACUGCCGAUUUUGCAGGUUUUCCUACUUACUAAGCAUGUAGAGGUCUGUAAUUUUUAUCAUAGGUACAGAGAGACGGAAUCUAAAACAAAAAUCCAGAAAAUCACAUUACAUUACAUUACAUUUAGUCAUUUAGCAGACGCUCUUAUCCAGAGCGAAUUACAGUUAGUGAGUGCAUACAUUUUUAUUUGUAUUUUUUUUUAUACUGGAAUCGAACCCACAACCCUGGCGUUGCAAAUGCCAUGCUAUACCAACUGAGCUACAUCCCUGCCGGCCAUUCCCUCCCCUACCAUGGACGACGCUGGGCAAAUUGUGCGCCGCCCCAUGGGUCUCCCGGUCGUGGCCGGCUACGACAGAGCCUGGAUUCGAACCAGGAUCUCUAGUGGCACAGCUAGCACUGCGAUGCAGCGCCUUAGACCACUGCGCCACUCGGGAGACUCGAGCUUACUGGUCACAUUAUGAUUUUUAAGUAAUUAAUUUGCAUUUUAUUGCAUGACAUAAGUAUUUGAUCACCUACCAACCAGUAAGAAUUCCGGCUCUCACAGACCUGUUAGUUUUUCUUUAAGAAGCCCUCCUGUUCUCCACUCAUUACCUGUAUUAACUGCACCUGUUUGAACUCGUUACCUGUACAAAAGACACCUGUCCACACACAAGGCUGGGAUGGGCUACAGGACAAUAGGCAAGCAGCUUGGUGAGAAGGCAACAACUGUUGGCGCAAUUAUUAGAAAAUGGAAGUUCAAGUUCAAGAUGACAGUCAAUCACCCUCGGUCUGGGGCUCCAUGCAAGAUCUCACCUCGUGGGGCAUCAAUGAUCAUGAGGAAGGUGAGGGAUCAGCCCAGAACUACACGGCAGGACCUGGUCAAUGACCUGAACAGAGCUGGGACCACAGUCUCAAAGAAAACCAUUAGUAACACACUACGCCGUCAUGGAUUAAAAUCCUGCAGCGCACGCAAGGUCCCCCUGCUCAAGCCAGCGCAUGUCCAGGCCCGUCUGAAGUUUGCCAAUGACCAUCUGGAUGAUCCAGAGGAGGAAUGGGAGAAGGUCAUGUGGUCUGAUGAGACAAAAAUAGAGCUUUUUGGUCUAAACUCCACUCGCCGUGUUUGGAGGAAGAAGAAGGAUGAGUACAACCCCAAGAACACCAUCCCAACCGUGAAGCAUGGAGGUGGAAACAUCAUUCUUUGGGGAUGCUUUUCUGCAAAGGGGAAAGGACGACUGCACUGUAUUGAGGGGAGGAUGGAUGGGGCCAUGUAUCGCGAGAUCUUGGCCAACAACCUCCUUCCCUCAGUAAGAGCAUUGAAGAUGGGUUGUGGCUGGGUCUUCCAGCAUGACAACGACCCGAAACACACAGCCAGGGCAACUAAGGAGUGGCUCCGUAAGAAGCAUCUCAAGGUCCUGGAGUGGCCUAGCCAGUCUCCAGACCUGAACCCAAUAGAAAAUCUUUGGAGGGAGCUGAAAGACCGUAUUGCCCAGCGACAGCCCCGAAACCUGAAGGAUCUGGAGAAGGUCUGUAUGGAGGAGUGGGCCAAAAUCCCUGCUGCAGUGUGUGCAAACCUGGUCAAGACCUACAGGAAACGAAUGAUCUCUGUAAUUGCAAACAAAGGUUUCUGUACCAAAUAUUAAGUUCUGCUUUUCUGAUGUAUCAAAUACUUAUGUCAUGCAAUAAAAUGCAAAUUAAUUACUUAAAAAUCAUACAAUGUGAUUUUCUGGAUUUUUGUUUUAGAUUCCGUCUCUCACAGUUGAAGUGUACCUAUGAUAAAAAUUACAGACCUCUACAUGCUUUGUAAGUAGGAAAACCUGCAAAAUCGGCAGUGUAUCAAAUACUUGUUCUCCCCACUGUAUAUAUCACACACACACACACACACACACUACCAUUCAAAAGUUUGGGGUCACUUAGAAAUGUACUUGUUUUCAUGUCCUUGUUCAUGUCCCCACGGGGGGCCAGUAUGAAAAUAAAAAAGAAUAAUGUAUGCACUAACUGUAAGUCGCUCUGGAUAAGAGUGUCUGCUAAAUGACGUAAAUGUAAAUACAGUGUAGACAUUGUUAAUGUUGUAAAUGGUGAUUGUAGCUGGAAACGGCUGAUUUAAAAUAAUUAAAUUAAUGGAAUAUCUACAUAGGCGUAGAGAGGCCCAUUAUCGGCAACCAUCAGUCCUGUGUUCCAAUGGCACGUUGUGUUUGCUAAUCCAAGUGCUAAUCCAAUUUUCAAAGGCUAAUUGAUCAUUAGAAAACCCUUUUGCAAUUAUGUUAGCACAGCUGAAAACUGUGAUGAAAGAAGCAAUAAAACUAGCCUUCUUGAGACUAGUUGAGUAUCUGGAGCAUCAGCAAUUGUGGGUUCGAUUACAGGCUCAAAAUGGCCAGAAACGAAUAACUUUCUUCUGAAACUCGUCAGUCUAUUCUUGUUCUGAGAAAUGAAGGCGCUUCCAUGCGAGAAAUUGCCACAAAACUGAAGAUCUCGUACAACGCUUUGUACUACUCCCUUCACAGAACAGCGUAAACUGGCUCUAACCAGAAUAGAAAGAGGAGUAGGAGGCCCUGGUGCACAACUGAGCAAGAGGACAAAUACAUUAGUGUCUAGUUUGAGAAACAGAUGCCUCACAGGUCCUCAACUGGCAGCUUCAUUAAAUAGUACCCACAAAACACCAGUCUCAACGUCAACAGUGAAGAGGCGACUCCGGAUGUUGACCUUCUAGGCAGAGUUGCAAAGAAAAAGCCAUAACUCAGACUGGCCAAUAAAAAGAAAAGAUUAAGAUGGGCAAAAUAACACAGACACUGGACAGAGGAAGAUUGGAAAAAAAGUGUUAUGGACAGACAAAUCAAAGUUUGAGGUGUUUGGAUCACAAAGAAGGACAUUUGUGAGACGCAGACCAAAUGAAAAGAUGCUGGAGGAGUGCUUGAUGCCAUCUGUCAAGCAUGGUGGAGGCAAUGUGAUGGUCUGGGGGUGCUUUGGUGGUGGUAAAGUGGGAGAUUUGUACAGGGUAAAAGGGAUCUUGAAGAAGGAAGGCUAUCACUCCAUUUUGCAACGCCAUGCCAUACCCUGUGGACGGCGCUUGAUUGGAGCCAAUUUCCUCCUACAACAGGACAAUGAUCCAAAGCACAGCUCCAAACUAUGCAAGAACUAUUUAGGGAAGAAGCAGUCAGCUGGUAUUCUGUGUAUUAUGGAGUGGCCAGCACAGUCACCGGAUGUCAACCCUAUUGAGCUGUUGUGGGAGCAGCUUGACCGUAUGGUACGUAAGAAGUGCCCAUCAAGCCAAUCCAACUUAUGGGAGGUGCUUCAGGAAGCAUGGGGUGAAAUCUCUUCAGAUUACCUCAACAAAUUGACAACUACAAUGCCAAAGGUCUGCAAGGCUGUAAUUGCUGCAAAUGGAGGAUUCUUUGACGAAGCAAAGUUUGAAGGACACAAUUAUUAUUUCAAUUAAAAAUCAUUAUUUUUAACCUUGUCAAUGACUACAUUUCCUAUGCAUCUUGCUAUAUUUCCUAUUCAAACUCAUUUCAUAUAUGUUUUCAAGGAAAACAAGGACAUUUCUAAGUGACCCCAAACUUUUGAACAGUAGUGUGUGUGUGUGUGUGUGUGUGUGUGUGUGUGUGUGUAUAUAUAUGUAUAUGUGUAUAUAUAUAUAUAUGUGUGUGUCUAUCUAUAUAUAUAUAUAUAUCUAUAUAUAUCUAUAUCUUAUCUCUCUCAUCUCUCUCUCUCUGUCUCUCUCUCUCUGUCUCUCUCUCUCUGUCUGUCUGUGUCUCUGUGUCUCUCUCUCUCUCUCUCUCUGUCUGUCUGUGUCUUGUGUCUCUGUGUCUCUCUCUCUCUCUCUCUGUCUGUCUGUGUCUCUGUGUCUCUGUGUCUCUCUCUCUCUCUCUCUCUGUCUGUGUCUCUGUGUGUCUCUCUCUCUCUCUCUCUCUCUCUCCUCCCACCCCCCCCACCGUCUGUGGACCUCCCCUUCAAAUUAGUGGAUUUGGCUAUUUCAGCCACACCCGUUGCUGACUGGUGUAUAAAAUCGAGCACACAGCCAUGCAAUCUCCAUAGACAAACAUUGGCAGUAGAAUGGCCUCACUGAAGAGCUCCGUGACUUGCAACGUCAUAGGAUGCCACCUUUCCAACAAGUCAGUUCGUCAAAUUUCUGCCCUGCUAGAGCUGCCCCGGUCAACUGUAAGUGCUGUUAUUGUGAAGUGGAAACGUCUAGGAGCAACAACGGCUCAGCCGCGAAGUGCUGUUAUUGUGAAGUGGAAACGUCUAGGAGCAACAACGGCUCAGCCGCGAAGUGGUAGACCACACAAGCUCAUAGAACGGUACCGCUGAGUGCUGAAGCGCGUACUGCGUAAAAAUCGUCUGUCCUCGGUUGCAGCACUCACUACAGAGUUCCAAACUUCCUCUGGAAGCAACGUCAGCAAAAUAACCGUUCGUCGGGAGCUUAAUGAAAUGGGUUUCCAUGGCCGAGCAUCCACACACAAGCCUAAGAUCGCCAUGUGCAAUGCCAAGCGUCGGCUGGAGUGGUGUAAAGCUCGCCGCCAUUGGACUCUGGAGCAAUGGAAACGUCUUCUCUGGAGUGUGUUGAAUCACGCUUCACCAUCUGGCAGUCCGACGGACGAAUCUGGGUUUGGUGGAUGCCAUGAGAACACUACCUGCCCCAAUGCAUAGUGCCAACUAUAAAGUUUGGUGGAGGAGGAAUAAUGGUCUGGGGCUGUUUUUCAUGGUUCAGGCCCCUUAGUUCCAGAGAAGGGAAAUCUUAACGCUACAGCAAACAAUGACAUUCUAGACGAUUCUGUGCUUCGCACUUUGUGGCAACAGUUUGGGGAAGGCCCGUUCCUGUUUCAGCAUGAAAAUGCCCCCGUGCACAAAGCGAGGUCCAUACAGAAAUGGUUUGUUGAGAUCGGUGUGGAAGAACUGGAGUGGCCUGCACAGAGCCCUGACCUCAACCCCAUGAAUUGGAACGCCGACUGUGAGCCAGGCCUAACGCCCAACAUCAGUACCCGACCUCACUAAUGCUCUUGUGGCUGAAUGGAAGCAUGUCCCCGCAGCCAUGUUCCAACAUCUAGUGGAAAGCCUUCCCAGGAGAGUGGAGGCUGUUAUAGCAGCAAAGGAGGACUAACUCCAUAUUAAUGCCCAUGAUUUAGGAAUGAGAUGUUCGAUGAGCAGGUGUCCACAUACUUUUGGUUAUGUAGUGUAGGUUGGUAUGGCUGGAGAGGGGUAGGUGUAGAGUGUGAUGUAGUGGAUUGCGGAGGAGUGGUGGUACAGGGAUGAAGAGGAGGGUACAGGGAUGGAUAGAGGUGAAAAGGGUAUGGGGGGGGUGUAGAUCUAAAGAAGUUUAUAGAAGGGUAGAUCAUGUUCUAGGUGGAUGGGGGCUGAGGUAAGGCUGGGUUGGACUGCGGUAAGGCUGGAAGGUGUAGGAGAGGACAGGUAAGGCUGGAAGGUAUAGGAGAGGACCGGUAAGGCUGGAGGGGGCAAGAGGGAAUUGAGGUAAGGCUGGUGGGUGUAGGAGGGGACUGGGGUAAGGCUGGAUGGGGCAAGAGGGAAUUGAGGUAAGGCUGGUGGGUGUAGGAGGGGACUGGGGUAAGGCUGGAUGGGGCAAGAGGGAAUUGAGGUAAGGCUGGUGGGUGUAGGAGGGGAAUGAGGUAAGGCUGGAGGGCUCUGAGGGAAGGCUGGAGGGGGCAGUAGUGGACUGAGGUAAGGCUGGAGGGUUCUGAGGUAAGGCUGGAGGGUUCUGAGGGAAGGCUGGAGGACUCUGGAGUGGUCUGAGGUAAGGCUGGAGGGGGCAGUUGAGUUUAAAUAACAAAUGACAGCACAUAUUGAUGGGUACACUUCCUGCCUUAACUUCCUGCUUUUAUUUCCUGCUUUUACUUCCUGCUUUGCACCUCGCAAUGGCCACCAGUCCAGCCAUUAUGUCGUCCUUGACUUGAAUGGGGACGCCCAUUCUUUUAAUUCUAUUUCUAUGGCAGCACAUGCAGUCAGGAGCGGAGGAGAGGAGAAAAUGUGCGUCUUACAUAAAAUUAAUUGGCCCCUAGCCAGGUCCAGCUGUAGCCUCUUCUGCACCCAGGCAGUGAGAUGGAGCUAUCGUAAACUCUCCAGUCCUCUGGAGCUAAUCCACAGCUAUCAGCUGGUGUCUCUAUGUUCCAUGUUAUUUAUGAUGAUUGCAGAGUUGGAGCAGAGCAGCCUGAAAUAGCAGGGAUUUAUAAGACCAUAAACACUACAGGAAAGACACAACUGAGAGCCUCUGCUCUUUCCUUUGGCCUGGCCUGUAGAGUGCACACACAUAGACAUAUGAGCGCACGCACACACACAGGCUUAAGGGGUUAGGGUUAUGAGUUAGGUUAGGGGUUAGGUCAAAAAAGAUUUGGAAUGGGAAUACAUUUAUUACUCUCCAAAAAUCCUGACAAAUCACGAAAACAAAGUUGUGUGUGCAGGAUGUUAGAGGGAAAAAGUCAUUUCCAGCCACUUGAAUCUCUUGCAUGGCUGUGACCCUCAAUGGUGCCAGAGUGUAGUAGGAAAGUAUUUUUCCCACAGUGGGUUUCUAUACAGAGCCACCUGCAGUAAGCUGAUAUCAUACACACUCACACUGUCCUGUGGGGGGUUUGGUCAGUCUGUUAACCAUGUUGCUUCCCUCCUCUGGGCCGGUCUGGGAUUCUCAUCAGCACAACCCUGCACCGUACAGUAGAACCAUGAUCACACACACACACACUCUGAAGAGGGGAGGACCUAAAGCUUUGGAGAAGAGGAGGGAAAGUGAGCGGGAGGAAGAGAGGGACUCCUGGGGAGAUGGAAAGUUGAAGAUGAAGCAAACGAGUUGGAAGUGAAAGAGAGGGAUGGAGAGAGAAAUAUGGAGAUAAGUGAGAAGGCUGCAGAGGGAAAGUAAAGGAUAGACAAAGCUGACUUCAGGGAGCAUCAGUAUUGUGUAUAGUUGAUGACAUAUUGAUGUAUUGGUCUAUUACACAGACAGGCUGGAUAUAAGUUUGGUAAAGUGCAUAUUUCCUUUGUUUUUCCUAUGGGUAGUUUAGGUGACAGCGCUCUCGAUCUCUCUCCACACUGAUCACUCUUGGCUGUCCCUCUCUCCAUCUAUCUCUCGCUUCCUCACUAUCUGUCUCGGUCUCUCACUCUCCACCUCUCUCUUUUUCUCAUCUCCUCUGUCUCUCUCUCUUCCAUACUUUCUCUCUCAUACUUUCUCUCUCAAUUCAAUUCAAUAAAUGCUUUAUUGGCAUGAAUGGGUGUUUGCCACUGUUGCCAAAGCAAUGUAUAUGAAGUAUUACAUAAAUGAACAAUAUGUGAGCAACAAUUUUUAUAUAUAUAUCAACAAAAAUAAUUAUACUGUAUAUGGAAAAUAAUACACAAAAAAUAAAACAAACAGCAACCAUUGAGAAAUUUCAUCUACAAGGGCUCAUGUGUAUGACAUAGUGGGAGUUAUUGUCACUUAAUUGUGACAGGCCAGGACACACUCUGCAGCAAGCUCUGUUUUCUCCUAACAAAAUGCAGAUUUUCUCCUCAACAGGCAGUUCAAGAAAUCCUGAAAUUCUUUCUUUAAAUUUCAGGAGAUAAUUACCUCUGGGUCAUAUUGGAGCAGUGAAGUAGGAAGAGCUGCUCAUCCUCUAGUUGACCCGACCAACAGUGCUUACGUAGUCUUUCUUCACCGACCUUCCAUGUGUUUCUAUGUCGUCCUGUCUCUUGCCAGGCUAUGGUGGUUACCGAGUCUGUACCUUGUUAAUGUCUUCCUUUAUUUUAAUUAUUUGAUUUUAUCAAGGUGUUGUGCUAAUUUGAUAUCUCUAUUGAGAAUGUGGUAACAUUGAAGUUUGUGAUAAUAAUUAAUCGAUGUAUUUUUGUUAGAGUUCUAUUUGUUUCUCUCUCUCUCUCGUUCUCUCUGUGGAACACAGUGUACAGACAACUUUAGACUAUAAAAGACUCAGGAGGCCUGAUAUCAGCUUAUUUUCCCACCAUUACCACUCCUCUCCCUUCCAUCUUUCCAUUCCCCUUCUCUCCCUCUCUUCCCUUCCCUCUCUCUUGGGCUGUUGGACCAGACACUGACCGAUUCAUUGACCUUUUUGGCUUUACUAUGAGAGGAGAGCUGUGUGUGUGUGUGUGUGUGUGUGUGAGUGAGCUCUUGGCCAAUUGAUUUAUCGGUCGGAUCACUUUGUUCUGUCUGGGAAUUACCUAACACACACUCUGACCUCAUUGUCUUGCAUACCUUUUAUGGGUAGCUGUUGAUACAUCAGCUGGAGGCAGGGGUGGAGUGCUGCCGGAGCGGCACUCCCUCACUUUUUUCCAUUUGAAAAUACACAGAGCUGGAAAACUAUUUCUGGAAAAUGAAUUCUGAUGAAUUAUAAAUAAAUUAUAUUUAAUUACCACUAAAAUUACAUGAAAAAUGAUAGAACGACAAACCAAAUAAAUAUUUAUAGUAGGCUAGAGGUAGGUAAAUUGUGCUUUUUUCCCUGUCUUCUCUCUGGCGGUGGCGAGAAUGAUGAAGAACUGUAGGCUACGUGUGUGCACUGCAGAGGCCAGUCAGAGGCUUGACCACUUUGGCCAAUCAGAACAUUGAAAAAUGAUCACCACCAGUUCCUAUCCUAUAUUUUAAAGGGAUACUAUAUUUGUCUGUUUCCAUUAUGAAGGAAGUUAGAGGUAGUUUCACAAGCCAAUGCUAACUAGUUAGCACAAUGACUGGAAGUGUGGGUAUCUGCUAGCAAGAAAUGCUAAUAGUUUAACACCAUUUGCUCUAAUUUGCUCACAAAACAGUAAUUCAGGAAGAUCAUCUAAAUGCAUAUUCCCAUUAAACUAAUUGAGAUCAAUCAAAUGAUUGGCAUGCAGAUGCAGUUUGGAUGUUUCACCGGUAUAACGUGAAUAAUUAUCAUUCACGAUUGACCGUAAUGAUGGCCUAUUUUGAAAUUAGGUAUGCCUAACUUGGAGAUUGAGGAUAUUCAAAAUAAACAUUUAUUGAGACAAUAUGUGUGGGUAUAGGCAGACGUUGCAAUUGGAGGAUGCAUUUUAUGCAUAUUCUAUAGGCUAAUGAUAUAGAAUUAUAUGAUAUUCAAUAGGCUACAUCUGUCGGUACAAACCUUGAUUGAGGAAAUUCUGACGUCAGUUACAUUUGUAUUUUGUGCUCCCUUGCCUAAAAAAAAAUAGCACUACACCACUGGCUGGAGUCUGGUCAACUUUCCUCCAUUCCAGUAGCCCUCUCACUCAUCUCCUCCAAUGCUCUUGUUUUCCCCAAAGAUCUCAUUGCAGACAGAACAGCUAAUCUGAUGGAACAUUCCCAUUAGUUCAGCUUCUCUGUAGACAUUGUUGUGAUCUGACCUGAGAGCUGUGUGAUGUAGGCUUUGACAGAAGGUGUCAGGAACCAUGGCAGGGCCAGUCUGAGUCUGUCCUGAAGGAACAUUGUACUUGAUGUUAAAUAGCUGUUAUGGUUAGUCAGCAAUCACAUGUAUGAGUGUGUUUGUCUACUCUGUUUGGAAGUGCUGUUUAACCAUCUGUCAGGUGCUGUUAAUCACUUUGUGCUAUGCAAAAUAACAAAUUGAUUGAUUGUGUCUCCAGACGACUUUCUGGGUGGUGAGGGAGAUCCUUCAUGCUCAGACCCUGAAGAUCAGAGCUGAGGUACUCAGUCUCUACAUCAGAACUGCCAAGGUAAGGAACACACACUGUACUCUGUUUAUUCUCUACAGAUUCUUGAUUCAUUUCCACAAGUGGACAAUAAACCUAUUGUAAUGUAAAAGUGUGUGUAUACAUCUUAAGCGUUCUCUGUUCCCAACAGAAACUGUGUGACAUAAACAAUCUGCAUGCAGUGAUGGCUGUGGUGUCAGGCUUACAAAGCGCUCCCAUCUAUAGACUCUCCAAGACAUGGGCGGUGAGUUACUUUGUGUGUGUCCAUGCAUAUCAAACAAUGAUCUUUCUCUAACUGCACGCUACAAAAAACGGAGUUGGUUGAAGAUGUGUUGAUGGUGUGUUGUAGAGCAGUGGCAGAUGUAAAUUGAUCUUCUCUAUUUCACCAGUCAUAAGUCAUUACACAGUCAUUACUGGAAUAUGUAAUGGUCUUGUGUAUAUGAAGCAUCCGUGCAGAAACUUCAGUGAGAACGUUGAUUAAUGUGCACUGUCCCUAUAACAAUAAACUCUCAUACACUCUCUCUCGCUCACUUACACUCUCACACACUUGUCACUCACUCUCUCGCUUUAUUUCUCUCACACUCUCUCUUGCUCACACUCUCUUGCGUGCUCAGUCUCUCUCCCUCUUACACUCUCACACACACACUCUCUGGCUAGGCUGAAAACCAGACUUUGCUUGCUGGGGUAUUAUGCAGGGUAUUAUAUUGCACUCUGAAGUGACUGGAAAAUUAAUGAAUUAGAGUGAAUGAAGUUGAAUCAGAAUGAGGCCAUUCCAGGGAAAUUAUCCCCAGUUCCCCGCCACAACAAUAUUCCUGGCUCCAGGCUGGAUAUUGUGCUUCUUACAUCCAGAUUUGAGCUCUCCCCCCCCUCCCCCUCUCCCUUUCUCACUUGCUCCAUUGGCUCUUGAUUUCAUAUGUUCCCACUUUUAUUUAUUUAGUCUGUGAAUGUUGAAUUUAAUCUUGCGAAUGUAUUCACCCCCUUUGGCAUUUUUCCUAUUUUGUUGCCUUACAACCUGGAAUUGAAAUUCAUUUUUGGGGGGUUUGUAUCAUUUGAUUUACACAACAUGCUACCACUUUGAAGAUGCAAAAUAUUUUUAGGGGUGAAACAAACAAGAAAUAAGACAAAAUAACUAUUCACCCCCCCAAAGUCAAUACUUUGUAGAGCCACCUUCUCUUGGGGUAUGUCUCAAUAAGCUUGGCACAUCUAGCCACUGGGAUUUUUGCCCAUUCUUCAAGGCAAAACUGCUCCAGUUCCUUCAAGUUGGAUGGGUUCCGCUGGUGUACAGCUAUCUUUAAGUCAUACCACAUAUUCUCAAUUGGAUUGAGGUCUGGGCUUUGACUAGGCCAUUCCAAGACAUUUAAAUGUUUCCCCUUAAACCACUCGAGUGUUGCUUUAGUAGUAUGCUUAGGGUCAUUGUCCUGCUGGAAGGUGAACCUCCAUCCCAGUCUCAAAUCGCUGGAAGACUGAAGCCAGUUUCCCUCAAGAAUUUCCCUGUAUUUAGUGCCAUCCAUCAUUCCUUCAAUUCUGACCAGUUUCCCAGUCCCUGCCGAUGGAAAAACAUCCCCACAGCAUGAUGCUGCCACCACCAUGCUUUACUGUGGGGAUGGUGUUCUCGGGGUGAUGAGAGGUGUUGGGUUUGCACCAGACAUAGCGUUUUCCUUGAUUACCAAAAAGCUCAAUUUUAGUCUCAUCUGACCACAGUACCUUCUUCCAUAUGUUUGGGGAGUCUCCCACAUGCCUUUUGGCAAACACCAAAUGUCUUUGCUUAUUUUUUCUGGCCACUCUUCUGUAUAGCCCAGCUCUGUGGAGUGUACGGCUUAAAGUGGUCCUAUGGACAGAUACUCCAAUCUCUGCUGUGGAGCUUUGCAGCGCAUUCAGGGUUAUCUUUGGUCUCUUUGUUGCCUCUCUGAUUAAUGCCCUCCUUGUCUGGUCCGUGAGUUUUGGUGGGUGGCCGUCUCUUAGCAGGUUUGUUGUGGUGCCCUAUUCUUUCCUUUUUUUUUUGCUUAGUGGUGUUGCAGACUCUGGGGCCUUUCAGAACAGGUGUGUGUAUAUAUACUGAGAUCAUGUGACAGUUCAUGUGACACUUAGAUUGCACACAGGUGGACUUUAUUUAACUAAUUAUGUGACUUCUGAAGGUAAUUGGUUGCACCAGAUCUUAUUUAGGGACUUCAUAGCAAAGGGGGUGAAUACAUAUGCACGCACCACUUUUCUGUUAUAAAUCUUUUCGAAUUGUUUAGUUAUUUCACCAAUUUGGACUAUUAUGUGUAUGUCCAUUACAUGAAAUGCAAAUAAAAGUCCAUUUAAAUUACAGGUUGUAAUGCAACAAAAUAGGAAAAACGCCAAGGGGGAUGAAUACUUUUGCAAGGCACUCUAUCUGUACAAUAACUCAACUCUAACAUCUCUUGCUCUGUCUGUGUGUGUAGUUGUUGAGUCGGAAGGACAAAGCAACGUUUGAAAGGUUGGAGUAUCUCAUGGCCAAAGAAGACAACUACAAGCGUCUGAGAGACUACAUACGCAGCCAGAGCAUGAACUCCUGCAUACCAUACCUG